UGGCCGUUGAAGUGUAGUGAUCCCAGAAACGUCGCGGACUCCACACGCUACACAAUGACGCUGUAGAGAGACUGGUGGAGAAGUUAGUGUGUAUACCUUUGAGAAGAGAGUUGUGCACGAAGAAUAAGGUCUGCAAUUCCAUCCCAAAAACUAAAAAACUUCUUAUCAGCAAACGUGCGAGUGAUUGUGAAAAAAAACGCGACUCGGUGGGAUUGAGUUCAGUCGGAGAGCAGUGGAAAAUAAGGGAAAAAGAGAGAGAGAGAGAGUGAGAGAGAAAAUUCUAUAUGUUGAUUCGUUGGAUGACGGAGUGAAAAGAAGCGCGCGCGCUGCAAGAAAGACGUCGCCUACAAUUAAAACUCGUUUCGUGAUCAUUGAUCUUAUAAAGUGGAAAAAUUUGUGCAAGAGACGAUAGUAGCAAUUUGAAGAAAAAUCUGAAGCAGCCACACAGCAAAAAUGGACAUGACAAUUACUCUUUGUUUUAGUUUAGUUCUUCUCGGGAAUUCCGUGGCGCAUGACGCAUCGGCAACAUCAACAAUACCAUCCACAAUACCAUCCAAUAAAGUUCCUCCGCUCCUAUUCCCCGAAGAUGAUUCCCAGUAUAGGAUAAUUAAGCAAAAUGAAACUGCAAUACAGCACAUACUGCAAAUUACGAGUAAGGAUGAUGUCAUACGGGAGAUACCAUUAACAGAAGGUCAACCCACCACUGUGGAGAUGAUCAAUACAACAACAAAGGUGGAUGAGCCACCAACAACCACAGCAGCCGCAACAACAACAGCAAAGCCUGAAGUGCCACCAAUGAAUUCCCAGGAGGAUGAACCUUCCCAUGAGGAGUCUGAGGAGGAAACUGAGGAAGAUGAUUCAAUUUAUUACGAUGAUGAUGAUACGCCUGAUACUACGUCUAAUGAUCCAAAGGAGCAAGUUGAGAAGAUUCAGAGUGAUGGGAAAUACAAGACAUCUCAAGAGCUUGAGGAGCAAUUCAACAGGAACAAUGAGGAGGAGAAUAAGAAGUCACCGGAAAUCGUCGAUAUUGUGGUUGAUUACCCAAACCAAAUGGAUCAUACUCAUAUUGUGGCAAUCGUAGCUGUUGUCACAAUAGCUAUUUUGGCAUUUGCUGUCUAUUUUGGACUCAUUUACUGGAGAUACCAUCUACAAAAGAUAUACGGCUCACGACAACGCCUCGUCACUGAAGAUGAUUGGUAUCACAAUGAUUCCAGGGAUUUCGAAAUUUAAAUUCAUUAAACUAGUCAAUUUUUUUUCUGUGUGUCCAAAUGCUGUUGAACUCUUUGCAAUAUAACACCAAGCAUUUAUUAUGUAUAUUGCUAAAAAAGAAAGCCAUAAAUUGAGGGUGAUUUGUUAAUCUUUCAUAGAGAAGCUACUAUAUAUACAAAUUAUAUUGUGGAAUAAAUAAAAAUAUGCUAUUUUUAGGAAUUUUUAGAAAUGAACAAAUAUAAACAAAAUCGACUGAUAAUGAGGUAUUCCUUAUGAUAAGAAGAAAAAAUAAAUAAAACAACGCUAUCAGCUUACUGAAGGAGAUCAUUGCAUUUUCUUAUAAACAUUCCGUUCGUAAAUAAUAUUUGAGGAGAGAAAUGGUUAAAUUUUUAGUGGAAAAUCACCAUGAUUUGUCAUUUUUAUAAGAAAAAAAAACAAUUCUGUAUAAGACAAUGACGAAUUUUAUCACUAUUCUAUCGUUUUUAUGAGGAUAUUACCAUGGAAGAAUAAAAUAUUAUUCGAUUAA